AGAGUUUAGUUGUGAGAGAACCAUCAACGCGCUGAGACGCGUGUAUUGUGGAUGCAUGUGGUGUGUUUAUAGCGUUGGAUUUUAUACAUUCUCCUUUUAGUGCUUUCGCUGCGGUUCAGAAGAUCGUUUGAGCGCAUAUUUACGUGUCGGUUUCGUGUGAAAGAUGAUUUGGAAUUUCCAAGAUGAAAUGACAUAAAAGAAUUUUUCACCUUCAAUAUUAUGUUGUUUUUUGGGGAAAAAAGUAUUUUUCGGCAGGUUACUUAAACUAACGAGGAAUGUGGUUUUAUUUUCAUUGAAAAUAAUUAAAAAUUAGCUUGUUGUCAUUUAGAAUUCUAAAUAUGAAAUGAUUUUUAUGCAGACGAUAUUUUUAAUGAGAUUAAAAGUAGAGAAAAGAAAACAAGCUGAAGGAAUUCUACUGAAUUAUUACUGUUUAACUUUAUUCUAAAAGAAUUAUUAAAUAAAUUUAUCAGCAGGAUAUACAAAUUUCAAAAGUUUCUUCUCCGUGAAUUUGGGAUAAUUACAAAGAGAACUGACAGUUGUAUUUAUUCUCUAAUUUUAGUUAUAGAAAUAAGGCUACUUCCUGCGACUUCAUGUUAUGUUUCGCUGAUGAUCUUUAUUUGCAUUUAUGUUGCUGCGUGAAAAUAUAUAGUUGCAAUAAUAAAGGGAACGUAGCUUUGGUCAAUGACAACUUGUUUGUUUGUGAAUCUUCAUAAAUCUUGCUUACCUUGAUACCACCGAAGAAGUGCACUUCCAACGGAUAUUACACGUAAUAUCUGCCCUAGGAGGAUUACCAGUAUUAAAUCGGUGGGUGUUAACAGCCGUUUCUCUGCAGUUUUUUUUCUUCUAUCGUCAGAGAUACAGAGUAUGAUUAUCUAAGGAAAAGCAUGAAAAUUGGCUCAUCACGACGGGAAAGGUACAAUUCUGGAUGCUGAUAAAAAGGAAUGGGCACAGAGAUCCCGCUCUGGAUAGGCGGUCUUCAAAAGUGGGUGACUGGAGUCACGAAACAAACUACCUGUGAGGAAGUCAUCAAAGCAGUGCUAUCAGCAAACGAAAACUACCAUUACCACAAAAACGGGACAAAAACACAGCGGGAUCAUAAAAAUUAUAUCAUAGUUGAACGUUGGCACAAAGUGGAAAAACCUUUGGAUCCGCGCUCCCGACUCCUCAAAGUGUGGAACACUUGGGGUCUGGAGCAGUGCAAUGUCCGGUUUCUACUCAAAAGGGCACACCAUGCCCAAACCUCAGGUUCGACACCUCGUGAUAUCAAAUCCCAUAGGCGGAAAGUCAGUACAAAAUCUGCCAAAACAUGGCACCCUAGGAAGUUGAGGUCUGAAUCUGAAGAUGAUGGCAGUGUUGGCUGUUGUCUUGAUGAUGAUGACCAGUUUCCGGCAACCGAGGAACAACUCAGGAAUCUUAUAUCAUCCCAAAGUGACGCCAUUGCAUCACAGCUAAAGAAACUUCACGCCAAGGAUGAAGAAAUUGAACAGAUCGAGAAUGAGAUCCAUACUCAAAGAAUGCACCAAAUUGGUGCCAAUUAUGUUCUGGACACUUACUUGGCGGAGUCUAGUGAAGGUGAUUCAAGCAAUUCCAGUGGUGUCCAAAAUGGAACUGCAACAGCUGCUACUGAUGAUGGGAUGAACUCAAAAUCAAACAAUGUUACCUGUGAUAUUUUCGAUCAUUGUAUUGAACUGUACGAGAAAGUUCUGCAGAUUUGUGACCAGGUCCAUCAGGAAGAGCUGACAAUCAAAGAGUUGACUUUUAAAAUUCAGCAGAGUCUCCAGAUGAAAGACAAAGAAAACGGUUGCAAGCUUUUAAUAGGUGACGAUCCAGAACUUGCAUUUGCAAGUCCUGAAAGACUAGAGGAGAUUCUCAACAGAACCAGGCUCGAUAUCGAAAGACUUUUAAGGAUCAAUCAGACUCAGCAGCUAACAAUACAACAAAAUGAAAAGACACUCGUGGACUGCGCUAAAAUAAUAGAAGAUAAACAUUAUUAUUUGCAGCAUUUAAAACUGGAUUUGGACAGGCUCGACAAAGACAACCUACGUUUGCAAGAAGAAUUUUCUGCAAUACAAGUGAUAUCUGUUGAUCGAAGUGGCACAUGUGAUGCUCCUGAAAAUGGUGAUAGCAACUCUGACACUGGCUUAAGCUCACUUCAUAGCAGUAGUGAUGAUGGUGCUAAUGUAUUGGAUACAUUAGUAUAACCACUUGAUAAACAUCAGAAAAGCUUCUUGUUUCUAUGCAGAUAUAUGUAUGCGUUGUAAUUUCUUCAAGUAUUUUACAGAAACUCUAUUAAAAGAAGUGUGGUUAUUUUUAACGCUUAAUAAAUAGAUAUAUUUUAUUUAAGAAUUCAAACAUUAAAUAUAUAUCUACAAUAAGUAGAAGUUGAGCUUAUUCUUACACUUUUAUUUAGAAGUCUUUUAUAGUUUUUUUUAGUUUCUGGGAAUAAACAAUAGAAUU